AUGUUGAGAUUGCUGCGAUUCGCAGCGCUGGUGCUCCCUGCCCUAACACUCGACAAACAACAUGCUCGGGACAUUGGCGUGUGCAUGGUGGGCCAGCUCAGAGGCAUCUGCGAUGCCAGCGACUUGCUGAGCUUCUUCCAGGUCUUCCUGAAGCCUUUCAAGACGGCUGAUGUCAUCCUGGCUGUUCCGGAAGAGGAGUGCCCAAAGGCCCAGGAGCUGAUCCACGUGGCUUCUCAAUUCGCUUUUUUUGGUGGAGCAGACGUCUACAUGCAGGCACUCUGCUUGCCUGAAGAGAUGGAGGCGCCAGAAGAGCGGCUUUGGAUGGAGAACUUCAUUUUCAGCGAGGCGGGCCACCGCUACUUCGACUACGAGCGCUUGAGGAACACCCUCCUCCCGGCGAGGCAGUUGGCCCAAUGUGCCCAUCACUUGGAGGAGAAAGCCCUCCAGGCGGAUGGGCAGGACGGCUCGAUGGGGUAUCGCUGGAUUGCCCGGAGCAGACCAGACGUCCAGUGGCACUCCAUGAUCUCGCGCGAAGACCUCGAAAGUCUGGCUCCACCUUUCGUGCUGGCGAACUGGGUGCCAAUGCCAAUCCAGGGCGUUGUGGAGGAUCAGUUCCUUCUGGGUUCCUGGUCGUCGAUGCGCGAAAUCUUCCGAAACUUCUUCCGCUUCCUGCUGAGUCCCCGGGAAAGCUGGAGCCACAGAGCCGCACCUCCCUGGUGCGUCGAGCAUGCCACCCUCCGAUCGCGCGAGACAUGCGAGAACCUCUACACUGAGAACCUUUUGGAGUCAUUCUUAAGAUCGCGGCCCGAAGCCAUGCAGCUGCGUAAAAUGCAAGGCAUCUGUUUCGACAAGAUAGCUCCAUGUCGGCGGCCCCGGACCAACUACUGCGACCUAGCCCCAUCGCGGCACAUUCAUGGCUAUGUCGAGAGCGAUCCUGCUUUCUUUGAGCAGUUCAACAUGGACUACUUCUUGACCGCCUCGGCGACGAAUGCGGACUUCGAUGGGCAGUUCGCGGUGCGCCUGGCUCGGUUCUUCCGUGACGACGUCGACCGGGCGGCACGCCGGGCCGGGCAAACAAUUUUCCGACUCCCCGGCCAGCCAGCUCGACCUGCCCGAGUCCUGGACAUGGGCUGCGGCCGUGGCAGCUUUGUGGAGCUUUUCGAACGCUUCGGUCUGGUGGCCAUCGGAAUCGAUGGGGACCUGAUCGUUCGCCGCACGCUGCCGAAGAGCAGCCUGGUCUGGGAUCUCACGGAGCCUCUUGACCUGCCGGGCAUCCGUGCGAGCGAGGCCGAGGGAUUCCGGUCGCAAAUUCAGGAAUGGGGGGAUUUGAAUGCUGACGAAACCGAAGCGACGGAAGCCACGGAAGAAGGGGCCAUGGAAAUGUUCCUCUCCCAAAUCGAGGCCGCCGAGGCCGCCUUGGACCAAAGGAGCAGCUGCAGCUUUGAGGCGCCUGAUGACCCAACCGAGGAGGAAGAUGCCAAUCUCAUACUCAGCGUAGGCUUGAAGAUGCAGGGAACCGGCGAAGGCCACUCUGUUGCACUUCUACGGCACAUUUGUUGCAGCGACGUGCGCUGCGUGGGCUAUGGCAUGGGGGUGAGCUACCCUCCUAUCGGCACAGUGUGGCGGAAGGCAACCAGCGAGGGUGAGGAUCCAUACAACGGGACGAGUCCUUCUUUCUUCUACGGGCUCCGCUAUCUCCGACGCAAGACCUGGCCCACUGCACGAGCUCCGGGCGCGGAUGCCAUGCAGGCCAGGCAGGUCCGAGUGCCACUGCCUGACUCGCUCUUGCAGAAGCUGGGGGUACUCACAGUCUCCUUCGGGUCAGCAGACUGGGUGCUGAGCCUUGGGGUCGGCCAGUUCAUUCCGCGUUCAAAGGAGCUGACUUUCUUGAUGAACUUGGUGCGGCAUGCUGAGUUUGGCAUCGUGAUGCUCUGGGGUAGAGCUGGGCCAAAUCCUCGUUCUGCCGAGGAAGUGAAAAAGCUGUUCUCACCUCUAGGCUUCUUUCCCGAUGAGGCAGCUGCCACGGAGCUUCGUCUGUUUGCUGGCCUGGCUUAUGGUGGGCCGAAAGCUGAGCUCCUGGUUUUACGGCGCCGCCCUGGUACCUGGUCAGCAUUGGAUCCCUGGCAUCGUGAGGACGUAUACAAUGCCGAGGGCAGUGGAGAGCCUGCAGUGCUCGUUGGACAUCAUGCAUACCUCGUCCAGUAUCGGGGGAAGCAUGCUGUUCAUUGCGCCGUGCACGAGACCUACGGACUCGUCAGACCUGGCUUGCUUUGGGUGAAUGGGGGCUGUGGUGGCCUCUUCCGGGUCUGGCGGACGAACAAUGUGCGGGAGCUGCCUGGUGCCUGGUGCAUCAAUGCCGAUCAUCGCUACAAGGAGUGCCUUAUCCCGUCUUGGCUCACAGAUGCCAAGGUCAACGUGACGGUGCAGAUGCAUGUGCUCGGCAGUCCCACGCUGCGCGGGAGCCAGAAUGCUGAAGAGACUGCAGGAGAUCCUGGUCCUGCGAACUCCAGCCCCGCAGAGCUAGACUGGCAGAUGCAUGCGUCGGCCGACCAGUUGGUACCCCGGCUGACAGCUUGGAGAGGAGACCCGCGCCUGAACAUGGUCUUCUACAAGUUUGCGAAGAAGCUCUCCUCUGCAUGCCUCAGUCGCGCAGAGCUACAGACUUCGGAGCUCUUCUUGGAGUGGCAGUGGUUCUGGUCCGCUGACUGGCGGCCACUGCUGCGCCUCUCAGCACAGCUACAGGGCCGGCAAGGCUGGCGAGGUUGGCGAGGUCGAGGAGGCGUGGAGUCGGAGGUUCCGACACGCUUUGCGCGCCUCUUCCUGGUCUUCCGCUCCCUCGGCUUACAGCAAAGACAGGAGCGAAAAGCUGUGCUGCUUGACUUGAGACUGAGAGCCCGUGCCCUGGGCCACUUCCGGCGUGCAGUCGCAACGGCCGAGACUGCUCUCAAACGCCAGCUGCCUAGCGGCCCGCCUACGGCGGGGGCUGGAAGACGGAGUUCGGUUUCGCGCUGGGCGGCUUCCGACUGCAUCCCACGCUGGAGGUUUCGCCGGGAUCGAAAGAAGCUGAAGGGCCCGGCGCCUCCAGAAGCCGUGCUGCGCCGUUUUUCCUUGGCACAGAAGGUUGCCUCGAGGCUCCUUUUGCGGCCAGGGCUCACUCCGGCGAGAGCUCUGCGUAGUCGGGUGCUCUUGGAGCUCCUCCUCCUCGCACACCACGCUGCGAUGGCCGUUGUGAAAUGGGGCGGUGCCAUUCCUUGCAAAGGGGGCCGGCACCUUCAGAAGCGCCCUUCCGCUCCACCUGCGUCCCACCGCCCUGUGGCGAAGCCACCUGGGUGCGAACGGCCCUGGGCGAAGGAUUCGGUGGAGGCUUGGUAUAUCUACCGCCUGGUGGCCUGCGACCCGUCGACUUGA